CCGCGUAGUGCGCUUUUCCUGAAAAGUGAAAAAGGAUAAUUUACGAAAAAAGGGACUCUUGCCACGCCAGCAUGCCGGAUAUUCAGGAACCGAUCAUUAGCGAACAGGAGGCGAGUGAGAAAAAGGCAUCGCCGGCCCGAAGCAAACGAAGCCCAUCGCGGGAAAGCAACGCUAGCGUCGAGGAGGAGGACGAUGACGGUGGUGGCGAUGGCGGUGACGGGGCUAAUCGGUUGAAGUCGGUUGUUACGCGGCGCAAAAAUGAAACCAUCGAAGAAGGCGAACUUUGCUCGGAUCGUGAUUCGCGCUCCCGCAGCCGCUCCCGGUCCAGAGAUUCCAGGGAUGAUCGUCGAUGCGAGUCCAGGCGAAGGGAGGACCGCCGAAGAAGAAGAACCCGGUCACGGUCAAGGUCUCGCGCCCGCUCCUAUUCGCGGUCACCGUCACGCUCACGCCACAGAGGCGGCUACCGUAGACGAGAUCGUCGUUCGCGGUCCCGUUCCCGUUCCCGUUCACGGUCCCGGCAAAGAUCCGACCGACGGGAUAAUCGGCGUAGGGAUGAUGCACCGACCGAACCGACCAAGAGUGAGCGGAAAGAGGAAGGCGAUGAAGCGCUACUGCGUAACGAGAAGCCGGCCAUUCGCAAAACGGUCGAUUUGCUUACAUCGAAAACGGGUGGCGCUUACAUUCCGCCGGCCAAACUGCGGAUGAUGCAGGCGGAAAUCACGGACAAAGCAUCGGCCGCCUAUCAACGCAUUUCCUGGGAGGCAUUGAAGAAAUCGAUCCACGGUUUUAUCAACAAGGUCAACGUGGAUAACAUUGGCGUAAUCACUCGGGAAUUACUCCGUGAGAACAUCAUCCGUGGUCGUGGCUUGCUCUGUCGAUCAAUCAUACAAGCGCAGGCUGCUUCGCCAACGUUCACGCACGUCUAUGCCGCCCUGGUGGCCAUCAUCAACUCCAAGUUUCCCAAUAUUGGUGAGCUGCUGCUGAAACGAUUGGUGAUCCAGUUCAAGCGUGGCUUCCGACGAAACGAUAAAUCCAUCUGUCUGUCCGCAUCGCGCUUUGUGGCUCAUCUCGUCAAUCAGCGGGUAGCGCACGAAAUCCUUGCUUUGGAGAUUCUCACGCUGCUUGUGGAAAACCCAACGGAUGAUUCGGUAGAGGUGGCCAUCGCGUUCCUGAAGGAGGUGGGCCAAAAGCUCACCGAGGUGUCCGGUAAGGGCAUUAAUGCGAUCUUUGAAAUGCUGAAAAACAUCCUGCACGAAGGCAAGCUAGAUAAGCGAGUCCAGUACAUGAUCGAGGUGGUGUUUCAGGUGCGAAAGGACGGGUUUAAGGAUCACGUUGCCGUGAUUGAAGCGUUGGAGCUGGUCGAAGAGGAUGAUCAGUUUACACAUUUGAUCAUGCUGGAAGAAGCGACCGACACGCAGGAUAUACUGAAUGUUUUUAAGGUGGAUCCAGAUUUCGAAGCCAACGAAGCCAAGUACAAGGAGAUCAGCAACGAUAUUCUCGGUAGCGAUGCGGAGGACGACGAAGAAGGUGGUGACGGAGGAUCUUCGAGUGGUGAUGGUAGCGAUUCGGACGAUGAGGAAGGGGGCAGUGAUUCGGAUGAUGAGGACGGUGCAGCCGAUGGUUCUGGCAAGAAGCAGGAUGCUAUUAUCGACAACACGGAAACGAAUCUCGUCGCGCUCCGUCGAACGAUCUAUCUCACGAUUCACUCCAGCUUGGACUACGAAGAGUGCGCGCACAAACUGAUGAAGAUGGAACUGAAACCGGGCCAAGAGCAGGAACUGUGCCACAUGUUUCUCGAUUGCUGUGCCGAGCAGCGUACGUACGAAAAGUUCUACGGUCUGCUGGCGCAACGCUUCUGCAUGAUCAACAAGAUGUACGUUGGACCGUUUGAGCAGAUUUUUCACGAUACGUACACCACGACGCAUCGGCUCGAUACGAACCGGUUGCGCAAUGUGAGCAAAUUUUUCGCCCAUCUACUGUUUACUGAUUCCAUUGGGUGGGACGCACUGCAGUGUAUUCGAUUGAACGAGGACGAUACGACCAGCUCCAGUCGGAUCUUUAUCAAAAUUCUCUUUCAAGAACUGGCUGAGUACAUGGGCCUGUACAAGCUCAGUACGCGCUUGAAGGAUCCUACACUGCAGGAACCGUUCUCGGGAUUGUUUCCACGGGAUAAUCCACGCAACACCCGGUUUGCCAUCAAUUUCUUCACCUCGAUUGGUCUUGGUGGAUUGACGGAUGAGUUGCGAGAGUUUCUCAAAAACGCUCCCAAACAGCAGGCACAACCACUGCCGGCACCUGCUGCGGCCAUCGUUACUAGCGGUUCCAGCGAUUCGGCAUCGAGCUCCUCGAGCUCAUCGGAUUCCAGUUCCGAUUCCGAUUCAUCUUCAGAUAGCAGCAGCAGCAGUAGUAGCAGCAGUGCAUCCGAGUCCGAUGACAGCGAACAUGAAAAGCAGAAACGUAAACGAAGGAAGAAGAAAGAGGAAAAAUCGAAAAAGGCGAAAAAAGUGCAGAAAAAACGAAAACCAGAGGAAGGCCAGCCAGAGAAGGAUGAGCGUAGCAAGAGACCUAAGGAAAAACAGAAGGACGUUCCCCGGGAGGAACGGCCAAGAAGGGAAGAGGCAGAUCACGAUCGGCGUGAUGAUCGCGAGCGAGAUGACGGGCGUCGCCGGGGUCCGCAGCAUCACAGAGAUCGCCAGAUGGAGGAGGAACCAGCAUACGAUCGACGUGAUCGUGAACGUGAUCGUGAUCGCGAGGACUACUAUCGAGGACGGCGUGAGCGCGAGGAGCGUCGUGACGAGGGCCCUAGAGGAGGUCACGAUCACCGUAAUUAUGACCGGGAGCGCGAACGUGCGUAUAAUCGCGAGCGUGCGGACGAUCGAGAUAACGCGUAUCGUUCUCGCGAUCGCCGUGAUGAGCGCCGUUAAGGCUGACUAUUGGAUUCUUACAAUCUUAAGCUUAAUCAUAAGAGAAGUACCGACCGAUUUGGAAAAUAAAGAACAACCCCC